ACUGGGAGGCCCGGAAUUGUAUUCCAGCCGGCACCAUCCAGCAAGCUUUACUCUCUGGAGGGGAAAACAGUCCCUCUCUCAAGUACUCAAGAGGAGAGCUGACAGCUGUGGAGUUUUUGCAAGAGCUGGGACAGCAGUGCUUUGAGAUUGCAAACGUCUCUGUUCCAGUGGACUCUUUUCUUUCGGACUUAAUCAGAAAUGAGAUGAUAAAACAGCUCCCCAUCAUGGCAGAAGCAGCACAGUGUAUCCGUGCAGAAGGUCUUAAGACAGCUCUUCUAAGCCACAACUUCUGUCUGCCGAAUGGAGAGAGCUCUCUGCUGCUCGACCGAAAGCACUUUGAUGUGGUGGUUGAAUCUUAUGGGGAAGAGAUGCGCAAGCCAGAUCCUCGUAUCUACAAGCUGUGCUUGCAACGCUUGGGCGUUCAGCCCCAGGAAUCCAUCUUCCUCGACAACAGCAGCCAGAACCUAAAAGCAGCUGCCCAGCUUGGCAUUAAAACGGUGAAGGUCGAUGACCCAGAAGGAGCACUCAAAGAGCUGGAAACCUAUCUGGGUUUUCCUUUGCAAGGGUUUGUUCCCUAUACUCGUUCAGUGAGACCAAGCAUGGACAUCCCAAAAGGUCAUCUGCAAAAGUACCUUGAAAGUAUUCUCGGUGACAAGGCAACAGGUCCGCUCGUGUUACAACAGUUUGGCCACGGAGAGUCGACCCAGACCUAUUGUGUCAAGUGUGGAGAUCGUUUGCUGGUGCUGAAGAAGGAGCCCUCUGGCAGCCCGCACCCCUCGGGCCCCGCUGUCAGCAGGGAAUACAGCUCUCUGGCUCUCCCUGGCAGGGUACUGAAGGCACUCUCUGAGGCUGGUGUUCCUGUUCCUACUGUACUUGCUCUCUGCGAGGACACGAGCACCCUUGGCACACCUUUCUACCUGAUGGAGCACUGUGCUGGCCGUGUCUACAGGGACGUCUCCCUCCCCACACUGCAGCCUUGCCAGCGGGGAGCUGUGUAUGCUGCCAUGAGUCAAGUCCUCUCCAAGAUCCACAGUGUAGACCUCGGGGCAGCCAAGCUGGAGGACUUUGGGGAGCACGGUAGUUACAUCCAGAGGCAGGUUGAGACCUGGACAAAGCAGUAUCGAGCUAUGGAAACUCGUGUUAUCCCAGCCAUGGAGAGACUCAUCAAGUGGCUGCCUCUGCAUUUUCCUGAAUCUCAAAAGACAACAGUUGUGCAUGGUGAUUUCAGGUUGGACAACCUGGUCUUUCAUCCAGACAGGCCAGAAGUCCUUGCUGUCCUUGGCUGGAACCUCUCAACUCUAGGAGAUCCCAUCUCUGAUCUGGCGAAUAACUGUAUGGCCUACUUCCUGCCACCUCACUUUAAUGCACUGAGAGGCUUGGGGAAGUGUGAUCUGGGGCACCUGGGAGUCCCCACAGCAGAGGAGUAUUCCCAGAUGUACUGUGGCCGCAUGGGGGUGAAGCAUCCCGAGAACUGGAAUUUCUACAUGGCCUUUGCCUUUUUCCGCCUGGCUGCAGCACUGCAGGGGCUCUACAAAUGCUCUGGGGCAGGGAAGCCAGCCCCAAGUGAAAGCAGCCUGGAGAAUGCAGAGUUUGUGGCCAACCUGGCUUGGGAGUUUGCCAUAAAAGAAGGAUUUCGUGUGUUUGACAGCCUCCCCAGCACAAAGCCUCUUGCGCGACGUUACAGCACCUGGGCCAGGCGUGGGCCGUUCCCCAGCAGCAGCUAUGCCACCAGCUCACAUCCUGGGGCAGCUCCUGUGCCCAGAGUCCCUCUAGUCACUCCCCCCAGCAGCCUCCUGGCAAUGGCCCAGUGUCUUUGCUGCAACCUGAAUAAGAUCAUAGGUGUCCAGUGGAGUUUUCUCAUAUCCCAGCCCAGAUGGACUCUGUGUCCUCUUCUAGAGCUGAAG